AUGCAAAUACAGCACAAUGCGAAAACCGUUCAUUCGGGUGAAGCUAGGAAAGCAAGUAUCGGAGACAGGAGUUCUGCAACGCAGGAACCGAAAUAUGGUGAAGCAAUACAAGGGAGGAAGUGCUACCAUUGCUCAAAAUAUGGACACAUAGCACGUGAAUGCCCAUCCCGAAUGGGAAAUGUUAACCAUAGGGAUCGAAAGAAAUUCCCUUCGGAGAAUGGAGAAACAAAGGUGUCAUCUAUCAUUAAGCAAAACCAUAGCAUGGGAGUCAAAAUACAAAAGAGGAGAUCGGAAAAGAGCGAUCUCAUUGGCAAACGGAUAAUGGUUCCAGUGAGACUUCUAGAAGAACGUCACAUGGCUUUGGUGGACACAGGUUCCAUGAUCAGCGUUAUUCCGCUAAAAGCCCUAGAAAGAGCACAAAAUCGAGGGUUCGAUGUAGACUUACUACAGGUUGUGCCAAAGUCAAAACUGAAACCCGUAUUUGAUGCAUCGAACAACAGAAUGAACUUAGUGGCUGCAGUGUACAUUCAGGUCGAAACAGAGAAUGGACAACGUGAAACAAUAGCAUUUCAUAUCAGUCCAGAUAAAGAAGCGGAAACAAUUAUUGGAACGAAUGCACUAAACAAAUUAGGGAUAGAUGUGAGAAUGAACAGCGCUAAACUCAAAGAUGACACAAGUCUGAUAAAAGAAGAGAACAAAAAUAAGGUAGUGGUGGCAAAGAGAGUAUAUAUUCCACCGCAUGACGCAGCCUUGGUGUCAGUCAUAUGCGAAGAAGAUACGAAAGACCAUAUAGAAAGAGUGAUAUGGCCCAGUGAAGAUGGGGUAGAACUUGGGGUGUACACUAUUAAAAACCAAAGAACGGCUGUACCCAUAUUCAAUAACAGCCCAGAGCCUAGACUUUUCAAAGAAGGAGAAAAAGUCGGACACUGGGGUACGGACAAGUGGCAUGAACGCUGGGAGGAAUGGAAUCCUCUCAUGGCUGACGAAACCGAUAACAAGCUGUCAGAAUCGGAACGACUACAGAAACUGGAAAGCUUACUGACGGCGAACACAGAGUCGCAAGUACUAGAUGAAGAAAUAAAAGACCUAGUGAAGGAAUAUACGGAAGUCGAGGCCAAGACGAAUCUUGGCGAAUCAAGCGCUAGUGAUUUGUUUUUCCUUUGUAGUAUAAGUGUUCGUUGUUUCCCAAUAAACUGUUGUGUUACGAAUCCUUUCGAUCACAGAAGUAACCGUUCGUAG